AUGGCACCUGGAGAUUUAGAUGGCGUGCAGCUGGACGCCUGCGAGUACCUUGCGCAGCGUCUUCGUCAGCUUCGAGCAGAGGGCAAGUACUGUGAUGUGGUGCUUGUUGCUGGUGGAGCCAGGAUCGCUGCUCACCGCGCUGUCCUGGCCACGGCAAGCACCGCAUGGCAGCAGGCGCUACAUACCGGAGGCAGCUCCGAUGAUGUUGAAGCUCUGCCUUCUGCUGAGUUGCGGUUCCCACGCUGUGCGAGGCCGGAGGUUCUUCAGCUGCUCAUCGACCACAUCUAUGCUGACAUCACCCUGGAUCAGGCGAUCGGUCAGAUUCAAGGUAAAAGAUGCUGUCGCGACGUGAUGCGGCUUUUUCAGGCUCUUGGACCUGCAGCCUCCCCGGAGCUGCCAUCACUGCGCCUGGCCAGGCGAUUGUCCCAGUUACGUGGCCAGGGCAUUUUCUGCGACACUGUGCGGCGCUUGGGAGUACGUUGCUGA